AUGGAUAUAACAUCAUUAAUAGAACAUUUGGAAAGGUUUGAAAAAUUAUUAGAACCAGAUAAUAAUAACUAUGAUGAAAGCAGCAGUUUUAAAAUCUUUGAUAUUACUCAUUUGUUGAUUUCAUAUGAUAUUGUUGACGGUGACCUUAUGAUCAAAACAAAUUUUUUUAGAGGUGCAAGAAAAGAGUCUAGGCUGACUACUUCUUUAAUCGAUGAUGAAAAUUACAAAUUUAAUUUGUUAAAUGGCCGAUAUGUAAGUCAAAAUACUUUUUAUGAAAUUAAGAUCAAGUCACGCUUUUUGAAACAUAGCUUAAUAAACCUUUUAAAUAUGGAAACUUUCAGUGUUAAAGCAAUAUGUGAAUCAUCAAAACCUAACAAAUGUGACAGUGACAAUGAAAACAACAUUCAUUUUUUAAUAUUACCAGCGAUUGAUGUUUAUGGAAAAAGAAAAGUAUGA